GUAAAAUAAAAACCUGUGCCUCCCUCUAUAAAUCCUCUCCUUGAAACACUUUCUCCAUAAAUCCCCUCUCCCCUCUCCCUCAAAAACCCAUCCUAAAAUUAGUUCUCCUCCAACUUCAAUCCAUGGCUGCGCUACAUUCUUCUACCUUCCUCACUAUCUCCGUCCUCCUAUUCAUCUGUUUCCUAUCAUCGCCAUCCUCUGUUGAUGCUCUCGGAGGAAGAUUAGGAGGAAAAACUGAAAUCGUAGAUGUGGAAUCAAACAAAGAAGUACAAGAUUUGGGGAAAUAUUCAGUUGAUCAAUAUAAUUUGAAAUUCAAGAAAGGAGCAAAAGGAAGUUUGACAUACAAAGAAGUUGUCAAAGCCGAAAGUCAAGUUGUUUCAGGGAUUCAGUACUUUUUGAAGGUUUCUGCAAUUCAGAAUGGUAAACCUAAAUUGUAUGAUGCUGUUGUUGUUGUAAAAGCUUGGGAAACACCUUCUAAUUCGCUUGUUAGUUUUGAUCCUUCUUAUUAAUUGAGGAUUUUAGGGUUUGGUCCUUUUGGAUUUCAUGUAAUUUUGUGUGUUUAGUGCUUGAAACUAUAAUUAUUGUGAGUUGUUAAUAAAAUUGAUGAGAUUUGUUCUUCUCAUCUUCUUGUGAUUUUCAUUUGGAAGAACAAUAUUCAUGUUUUGUUUUUUUGUUAUUACCAUUUGGGGGUUUUCUGUGA